GCCCCAGCGCCCCCGCCCCGCGUGUGAGGCGCCGCACCCUCCGGCCGCCCUGCCCGGUGCAUGGAGGGGCCCGUUCGGAUCGCAGCCACCGCCGCCGCCGCCAGCGCGCGGGGGGAUGACCUGGGGGUGGCUCUCGGAGCCGGCUGCCGCGCAGGAGGUCUGGGGGCUUAGCCAGCCCUGCGGAGAGUGAGCUGAGGCCUGGGCUUUCUCUGGAAGUCUUCCCUGCCUACUUCUGUAAUUGGGCGCUAUGCAUCCAGACCUCGGACCCUUAUGGACACUGCUGUAUGUUCUUGGGAUUCUCUGUUCUUCUGUGAGUUCAGACUUGGCACCUUAUUUUAUUUCUGAGCCACUCUCUGCUGUCCAGAAGCUUGGUAAACCCGUGGUCCUACAUUGUUCUGCUAAACCCGUCACUGCUCGAAUCUCAUGGUUGCAUAAUGGGAAACGAUUGGACAGAAACACGGAACAGAUUAAGAUUCAUCAGGGGACUUUGACAAUUCUGUCUCUUAACCCUUCCCUUUCUGGUUGCUACCAGUGCAUUGCCAACAACAGCAUUGGUGCCAUCGUGAGUGGCCCUGCAACAGUGUCCACUGCAGCUCUUGGUGAUUUUGACCUGUCAACAAUGCAUGUUAUUACCGCAGAAGAGAAAAACACUGGUUUCAUUGGCUGUAGGGUACCAGAGAGCAACCCCAAAGCUGAGGUGCGCUAUAAGAUCCGGGGAAAGUGGCUGAAGUAUUCCACAGGGAACUACAUGAUCCUUCCUUCAGGAAAUCUUCAGAUUUUGAAUGUGUCCUCAAAGGAUAAGGGGUCAUACAAAUGUGCCGCUUAUAAUCCUGUCACCAGCGAACUGAAAGUUGAACCCACUGGCCGGAAGCUCCUUGUGAGUCGCCCUUCCUCAGAUGGUUUUCACAUUCUCCACCCUGCUCUUUCUCAGGCAUUAGCUGUGCUUCCUCACAGCCCUGUUACCUUGGAGUGUGUUGUGAGCGGGGUCCCGGCCUCGCAGGUGUAUUGGCUGAAGAAUGGGCAGGAUGCUAUGUCAGGAAGCAACUGGAAAAGGCUGUACUCUCAUCUUGCCACGGCUAGCAUCGACCCAGCAGACUCUGGGAACUAUUCCUGUGUGGUGGGCAACAAGUCCGGAGAUGUAAAACAUGUCACUUACAUGGUUAAUGUUCUGGAGCGUGCUUCAAUUUCUAAAGGACUGCAAGAUCAGACGGUGUCUCUGGGGGCCACUGUACAUUUUACCUGUGAUGUUCGUGGGAACCCAGCCCCCAACCGCACCUGGUUUCAUAAUGCACGGCCCAUUUAUCCCUCCUCACGUCAUCUAACUGAAGGAGAUGGACUGGAGAUCACUGGGGUUACCAUGGAGGACUCAGGGCUAUACCAGUGUAUAGCAGACAAUGGAAUUGGAUUUAUGCAAUCGACUGGAAGACUUCAAAUUGAGCAAGACAGUGAACUGAAGCCUAUUAUAGUCACAGCACCGGCAAACGUAGAGGUGAUGGAUGGAGACUUUGUGACCUUGUCUUGCAAUGCUACCGGAGUGCCUGUCCCAGUCAUUCAUUGGUAUGGCCGCCAUGGAUUGAUAACCAGCCAUCCAUCUCAGGUCCUUAGAUCCAAAUCCCGAAAGUCCCACCUGCUCCGACAUAGGGAGCUGGACCUGGAGCCUGUCUACUUCAUCAUGUCCCGAGCUGGUUCAAGCUCUCUGUCUAUUCGGGCGGUUACUCAGGAACAUGCUGGGAAAUACACCUGUGAAGCCACAAACAAGCACGGCACCACACAGGCAGAAGCGUCCCUCACAGUUGUUCCUUUUGAAACAAAUACAAAAGCAGAGUUGGUCACACCUUCUGAAGCUACUCAGAAUGACGAACGAGACCCAAGAGAUGGUCUGGAGUCAAGCUCACUGAACUUGUUUCCAAUGAAGGUGCAUUCCACUGGAGUGGAAUUGCCAACACAGAAAAAUGCCUCCGUGCCAGAUGCUCCUCACAUACUGAGCCCCCCACAGACCCAUAUGCCAGACACGUACAACCUGGUGUGGAGGGCAGGGAGGGAUGGCGGCCUGCCCAUCAAUGCCUAUUUUGUGAAGUACAGAAAGCUGGAUGAUGGCACGGGUACAGUGGGCAGUUGGCACACAGUUCGUGUCCCAGGAAGUGAAAAUGAGCUGCAUCUAACUGAGCUAGAGCCAUCAAGUCUGUAUGAAGUUUUAAUGGUGGCUAGAAGUGCAGUUGGUGAAGGACAGCCUGCCAUGCUUACCUUCCGGACCAGCAAAGAGAAAAUGGCAUCAUCAAAAAACACCCAGGCAUCCUUUCCACCUGUGGGCAUCCCUAAGCGUCCUGUUAUUUCAGAGGCUUCCAACAGCAACUUUGGAGUUGUACUUACGGAUUCCUCUAGGCAUAGUGGAGUUCCAGAGGCACCAGAUCGACCUACUAUCUCCACUGCAUCAGAGACCUCUGUCUAUGUCACUUGGAUUCCCCGGGCAAAUGGUGGCUCUCCAAUCACUGCCUUCAAGGUGGAAUACAAACGGAUGAGGACUAGUGAUUGGCUGGUGGCCGCUGAAGACAUCCCUCCUUCCAAACUUUCUGUGGAAGUCCGUAGUUUAGAACCAGGUUCAACAUACAAAUUUAGGGUCAUUGCUAUCAACCAUUAUGGAGAGAGUUUUCGGAGCUCAGCAUCCCGUCCUUACCAGGUGGCUGGCUUCCCAAAUCGUUUUUCCAACCGCCCAAUAACUGGACCUCACAUUGCAUACACAGAGGCUGUCAGCGAUACUCAAAUUAUGCUAAAGUGGACGUAUAUUCCUUCAAGUAACAAUAACACUCCUAUUCAAGGAUUUUAUAUCUACUAUCGGCCAACAGACAGUGACAAUGACAGUGACUACAAGAGGGAUGUUGUUGAAGGUUCAAAGCAGUGGCACACGAUUGGUCACCUGCAGCCAGAAACCUCUUAUGACAUUAAGAUGCAGUGCUUUAAUGAAGGUGGAGAGAGUGAGUUCAGCAACGUGAUGAUCUGCGAGACUAAAGUGAAACGUGUUCCUGGAGCUUCGGAGUAUCCCAUGAAAGACUUGAGUACCCCUCCCAGUUCUUCAGGAAGUGGAGGGAAUGUGGGGCCUGCCACCAGCCCUGCCAGGAGCAGUGACAUGUUGUACCUCAUCGUUGGCUGUGUGCUUGGUGUUAUGGUUCUCAUUCUUAUGGUUUUCAUUGCGCUGUGUUUGUGGAAAAGUCGCCAACAGAAUGCCAUACAGAAAUAUGAUCCCCCAGGAUAUCUCUAUCAAGGGUCCGAGAUUAAUGGGCAGAUGGUAGAGUAUGCCACUCUCUCAGGAACAGCCCGGAUCAAUGGGAGUGUUCACGGAGGCUUCCUCAGCAAAGGCAGCCUCAGCAAUGGCUGUUCUCAUCUGCACCAUAAAGUCCCCAAUGGAGUCAAUGGAGUCCUGAACGGAAGCAUAAACGGAGGGCUUUAUUCCGCACACACAAACUCACUAACCAGGACACGUGUGGAGUUUGAGCGUCCUCACCAUCUAGUGAAUGGCGGAGGAAUGUACACAGCAGUCCCUCAGAUUGACCCACUGGAAUGCAUUAAUUGUCGGAAUUGCCGGAACAACAAUAGGUGUUUCACCAAAACCAACAGUCCCCUUCCCGUGGUCCCAGUGGUGGCUUCCUAUCUUCAGGAUGGUCUGGAAAUGAAGCCCCUCAGUGCCUUGAAGGUACCCACGUGUCCAGCUCCCACACUUCCUGAUUGUGGUCAGUUACCCGAGGAGAGCAUCAAGGACAGUGUGGCACCAACACCUAUCCAGCAUACCUGCUGUCAGGACAAUAUAAGUGACAUCAAUUCAGAUUCCACAGAAGAUACAGCAGAGGUCAGCAGAGGAGAUAGAAAUGGCCAUUCAGAAAGAGAGGACAAAGUUUUAAGUUGGAACCCUCUUAUUUUGUCACCUGUCUUGGAGGACUGCACUGAAAAGACAGCAUGGUCCCCUGGUCUUCCUCUAGACGGGCUGUCAGUGGUCCUUCAGCAAGCCCAAGAGACCUGAGGAGCUACACAGGCUUCUUCUUGUCCCCACUGCAAGCCAGUAACUGCACAACAACUGGGGACAAACGGUGUGAAGGACAUUAAUUCAAAUCAGAGAAAGUCAUUAUUUAUUUUUUUGUAGUAGUAAUGUCAUGAAUGUAUCUUAAAAUGUGUGUUCUUUUAUAUUAUUUAUUCCUCAAGUAUUCCCUUUUCCAUUUCUCUCUCCCCCUAGAUAGGAC